AACAGCGCGCGCGUCUUAUUUAUUUCUAACCCUUUUUUUAAUUAUCUUGUUUUUUCUCUCUCUCCUCCAUUUGGAUUUACGAUGCGGUUUCUCGUGCACAUCCUCGCGCCUCUGCUGCUGCUGUCGGUCUCGGUGCAGCGCGUGCUCGCUGGCGGUGAGUACUGCCAUGGGUGGAGGGACGCGUCGGGCGCGCGACACCGAGGAUUCCGCUGCCCCGAGCGCUACGACGGCGAGGGCGCGCGCUACUGCUGCGGCUCGUGCUCGCUGCGAUACUGUUGCGCCGCACCGGACGCGCGCCUCGACCAGAGCACGUGCCCCGCCGAGUUCGACUUCUACAACGAAGGAGCGCGAGACGUACCACCGAGCCUUCCCACGUAUCUGCCCUUCGUGAUCGUGGUGAGCGCCUUCCUGUCCUUCGUCCUGCUCGGAGCGCUGAUCUCCGUCUGCUGCUGUCGCUGCGUGAAGCCGAAGCCCGGCGACCGCCCCGGUCCCACACAGACCGGGCUACUGGAAUCUGGACGCCCGUCACCUAAAAGCUCCACCCCUUCGUGUGCAUCCACCUCCGGGCUUCACCCGCCUCGUCCCGGUCCGGCGGAGCUCGCCGUUUACGGCGCUUUUCCACCUGCGUUUGUUCCUCCACUCCACCAGGGGGUGCCGCAGUUUUACCCCAACUAUCCUAACUAUCCGCUGCCUCCGGAGCACACCAUGCUGAUCGCUCCGGCGUUCCUGGACACACACGGACACGGACACACCCCGCCCUUCCCCCAGGACCCCGUCUACCCCAACGUUACCGUCUGAUGAUGUCACAGGACUAAAAACUAUUAGCAAACAUGAAAAGGCUAACUGAGAAAAGCAGCAUGCUAAUGAAAUGAAGAUCGCGUCCGUUACCUUCCCAUCACAGGACUAAAGACCACCAGCGUCUCAGAGUAUAGAAUUUAACAAAUUCUUUUAAAUCACUGUAUGUUUGCAGUCCAACUUCAUUUUAUUUAGCUGAUAUUAGCGAUGAAGAUCACAAACACACAGGAACAUGGCUCAGAGAUCCUGUCACAUUAGCCGGCUAGCUAGCAUUGACCCUAAAAGUAUAAAUAUGCCUCAAACACUCUCUCAGAAAUCCUCUCACAUCAACAAUUCACACAGUUCUACAAUUCUUUAAAAGUUUCUGGAAAAUCUUGUGUGAUUUAGCACGUGUUAGCUAGCUAGCAUAAACAAAGAACAUCAUUGAUGAGUAGGAGGUUAAAAUCCUCUCAUGUUUUCGUUAGCUAGCUACACAAAAGCAGUGAAGCUUGUGUAGAUUUAUUCAUUUUCUAACUGAAAAAUCCUGUCAGAAUAUGUUAUGUUAGCUAGCUAGUGUUAGCAUUGAGGGGUUGAGCAUUCAUUGAUAUGACUUAAAAAAUCCUCUCAGAAAUCCUAGCAUUAGCUUGUGUUGGGAAAGCUAGGCAGAAACAGCAAUGAUUGUGUACAGACUUCAAAAUCCUGUCAGACUGUU